ACAAGUCCCAGAGGAUAGUAUUUUUGUAACCCACCAGCUGACUACUUAAUGAAGGUCCUAUAUUGAAAUCUAAAAUUUUAUGAACAAUUAAGGAUUACCAGUUUUCGAUGCUGUUACAUGGUAAUAGCAUUCUUAAAAACCAUGGGCCAACGAUUGCUGGCGAUUCCCCAGAUUUUAGUGUUGCUUGUUUUGCACCCUCUGUUGAAUACGAACUGAUUUUCCCAUUCCGUCGGGUUCUCGUACUGUACGCUGGAGCAAGCAAAAGUGAGCGAUCUUCCAGUGCAGUCACGCCGUUGCCUCGCGGAGUAGCGGCGCGGGGAGGGGGAGGAGGGAGUGGGGCGCCGCGGGGCCCGUCCUGCUAGGCCCAUGGCCCGGCGCGGCCCCAGUCGCAGCCUGGCCACUGGAGGGAGAGGAAGGGGCCAACUCCAGAGGAACUCUCCUCCGGCGGACGACGACUGGAACUUCAGGGAUAUCGGGACGACUCUCCUCGCGGAGAAUGUUGUGUAGUGUGUGUCGCAACGCUCUGUAGCCAUGAGGAUCGCAAGCAGCUCUUCGUCGUCCCUCUCGUCCGCGUCGGCCUCCAGCACCGGCUCGGCCUCGAGCCCCAGUGCGGCCUCCAGCCCGAGCGCGGCCUCCAGUCCCGGCGCGGCCUCCAGCCCCAGCUCGGCCUCCACCUCGGUGGGGGCCUCGGGCAAGGGCAAGUCGGCCUCGGUCUCGGGGCGCGAGCGGUGCCCCACGGCGGACAGUGGGUUUGGGUAUGUGGUUUAUUGUUGACGACGGGUCGGGUCCGUCGGGUCAUGAUGGGUGAAAAUGGGUACUAUCAAGACGAGCCGCAAAGGUCGGGUUUAUUCUGUUUCUUUUAACCGGUGGGAGGCAGUUUGGCGGGAAUGUGUUAAUGAGGCUCGGCACUUUUUACGAGGCUGUGAUUUUCUUGUGAUAGUAGGCGCGUUGUUUGACGCGACGGGCGGGGCGUGUGCCGGCCGUUUUAGUUUCUCUUGUAUCUGAUCGGCGUGAGUCGCCUAAUGGAUAUCUAAUAGAGUGGGAAUAUACUAUGACUAAAAAACAUCGAAGCAUUUCGUAACAUUUUAUAGGGAUAGCGUUAGAAACGGUGGCACAGUUUGUGAACAGAACAGUGUUUUUUUUAACUUAUAAAUAAAAGGUGUGUCUCUUUAAAAAAAUGACGUCUGGACAGGAUCUGGACGUCCACACCAAAUUUC